AUGGACUCACGAGGCAAAGACGAAAGCCUGAAUCGCCCUAUCAGCACGGAGCAUGAGGACCCUUUCGAUGGUUUCGAUGGGGUUCAUUUCACUAAGAACUCCCGGGCCGCCGAUGGGCUGGCAGUCGUCGAAACUGAAAACUAUAUCCCUACCGUGACUAAGGAGCAGCGCCUCUCCGCUGCAGAUAGAGGCGACUUGGUUUAUUAUCCAGCUCCUGUUCCUGUCAUGCUUAAUCUUCCCCCGAAACUCGUUGGGAGUCGUCCGCAGAACCAGGCUCAAGCAGGUAUCGAAGAAAUCCGUGCGAGGAGGGAAUCAUUGACCUCAUUUCGGCGUUCACUCGUUUUGAAGGCGUCACAAUCUAAAGCAGAUGCGUCUUCAUUAUUUGACAAUAUACUCGAUGCUACGGUCGCGUCACCAGUACUAUCGGUCGUUAAUCAUUCAGUUUCCAACACCAAAGUUCCCGGGAAUGCGGGACACACCCGCUCGGCUUCAAAAUUUUCCAUGUCUAUGCCGAAGAAUGAGGAAAUCGCUCCGACUACCUCCCAGGGACCCACUCGCCGCAAUGUACUAUCCGAUUCUGGUGAUGAGGCUGAGUUACACAAGGAAACCAUGAGAUCCUCUGCCACAGGGGCGCAUGCUGUGGUAGGUUCUGGUAGCAUGGGCAACGACGUGGCUGAUAGCUUACCCCGGGCGUCUCAUUACCCACAUUCCAGUCACGACGAUACUGAAGAAGGAAGAGAGGGGGAGGAAUUCGAAGAUAUACAGUUUGUUCCUGCGACCCUUUUAGCUGAACUGGAAUCUCGGAAGUCGCAACAGCGUGCGCGAACCAAUAAGACCGCAAUGUCUAAGAACGCACGACAAAUGCCGACGCUCCUCGAAAGGGAUGCCAUUGCUGAGGUAAAGCAGCAAGCGAGGAAACGGGGCCCUGUAAAUCUCGGCUGGCAGGGCGACCAUGGUGCUGUAGACGAGGAGGAAGACGAUGUACCAUUGGGGGUUCUCUUUGCGAACAAGUUGUCUUCACGUCCAGCUGAAGUUCUGAGAGCGCCAGGGCUUUUGGCAAUGAGAGAAGCAGAGGAUAAUGAGCCACUACGGAGACGUCAGGAGAGAUUAAAAUAUAGCUUAGGAAGAGAGCCUGCGGAUAAUACCCCCCCUACGGAUGCCAUGGAUGAAAAGGAGACAUUGGGGCAGCGUCGGAGCAGAUUGCAGGCCGCUCAAAAGCAGCGGGAUAAUACUAGCGACAAACCCCAGGACCAGGAAGUUCCGGAAGCUAACGGACCUCCAGCGGUGGGUUCGAUGUCAGCGGUUCUUAAUGCAAACCCGAAUACGCAAAGAUCCUACCUUGCUGGGCAGGAUCCUUCGUCAAGAGGAGCACCAAACUCCGAGCUACCUUAUGGUUAUCAAGCUCAACAACAGAUGCAUAUAAACUUUGCAGGUAGUCAACCAUUGAACCGGCCCCCGAUACAUCAGGGAAAGCAUAUGCUACCUUAUCAACAAGACUCUACUGGACCCAUGGGUAAAAAUCGAGAUUACGAAUUUGGUAUUCCAUUCCCAUAUGCGCCAGUUAAUGCUGAGUACCUACAACAUCAACAGGCACUUUUGGCAGACCAAAUCGAGAGAUGGAGAAGCAGCGUUUGGUAG